AUGGCUGCUCACGUCCUCAUACGCCCACGUGUGCGGAAGCCCUGUCUGGCCGCAUCCAACUGGGGCAGCCCGAGGCCACAUCCAGACGCCGUGGGCCGUGCAGCUGUCCUCUCCGGCAGACAGCAUUUGCAGAAGUGGGAGCUGGGCUCUGCUGAUGUCCUGUCAUCGGCCCAGGGCCUCGGUUUCCCCACCUCGGACACAUCCUUCGAGGACUACAAAGCCAGAGAAGUGACCGUGAAGGGCAGAGGCUGUACUGGGGCCACCACUGCGCCUGAAGCAGCGGCCGUGGUCGGGGUGGGCAGCAUCAGCGCCUCCAGCCAGCAGGGUGGAGGCCCGGAAGAGCAGGGCGGCCAUAGGAAAGACACGGCCGGAAGGAAGGAGUGGCCAGGUGGGUCCCGCCCUGGGCGGCAGCAGGCGGGCAGGCAGCCAGGGCCCCAGGACCCGGGGAUGUCCUUCGGGCCCCCAGGCAGGUGUUGUGUGCAGCUGUCGGACAGUGGCAUUCAGGGCGGUGCCCCUGUGGCUGCCAUGGCCCCUGAACUGGGUGCCCUGCAGGGAGGGAGGGCAUGGACGUGGCGGCUUCCUUCUGUGGGGACCUGCAUGGAGCGAGAGUCUGGAAUCCCUGGAAACUGAGGGUCCCCACGUGUCCCUUUGCAGGAAGCCAGUGACCCUGGCCGCCUAGGUGGCGCCCGGCCCCUUCCUGUCUGCUCCUCCGCCCUCCUCCUGCUCCAGCCCAGUCUUCCCAUCGGAAAGGACAGAGCAGGCCCAGGAAGAGGCUCCUCCCAGGCCUCUCCCUGCCACCUCAGCCCCUGGCAUACAGUCCAUGCCUAGUGCACCCUCUGGGUGCUGCACACCCCUCUGAAGGAAAGCAGCGCUGCUCCCCUGCGAGUAGGGCCCAGGGGAGCCCAACCAGCUGCACCUGUCCAGCCACAGGCUGUUGCCACCCUGAGGCCGGUCCUGCCUACCCAGAUGGUGCACAGUUGUGCAUGUGUGUACCCACACGAGUGUGUACAUCUGAUCCUCCCUGCCUCUCCCUCUUCCAACUCACUCCCACACCCCUGGGGCCCGGUCAGCUCUCUUUCAAGGAUCUCAGGCUCUA